GCAGUGCGCAGGCGCAAAACAUUCGUGUCCUUCUCUCGUCGCUCGACGCAGCGGGUGUUGAAUGCGAUUCAGCGCGGCCGUUCGACCACAUGUUAUCAACUGCAUAAAACUUCGAAGAAGUUGUGAAAAUAUCUGCCGUUUAAACCCAGUUUCAUGGAAGAUUCUGGUGAGCCCAUGACCGGGAUGUUGGACACGAAUGCCCCUGAUAACGGGGACGCUCCUGCUAUGGAGAACACAGGAGCCGAAUACGGCACAGACCCGACCGCGACCGACUGGACGGCGGCGCAGGCUCCUCUCGCGAACCCGGAAACCCAAGAAUACGAGCAGGUCCAGCAGGCGUCUACAUUAGAACAGUACCAGCUUUACUCAAUGGAGCAUAUCAAAUCUGCAGCAGAGAACAUCGACCACACGGCCAGCGCUUCAGAUCCCAGCGCGGAGAGCUCUGAGCAGCAGACGGAGUCGAACGGACAGCAUGCGGAGCAAGACGCGGCGAAGCAGACGGGAGCAGGCGACUCGGAGAGCCCGUCCAAUAUGGAGCUGGAAGACGCGCCCAAAGAAACGGCAGAAGCGGUGGAACCGGCAGCAGACGCAGAUGCCGCAGACGCAACCGCCACACAAGAUCCUGCGCUUCCUGCAGAAUACGAGCGGCUGUCGAAGGUUGUUGAGGAUAAUCCUGAAGACUUCAAUGGCUGGGUCUAUCUUUUGCAGUAUGUUGAACAGGAGAACCACUUGGUGGCUUCAAGGAAGGCGUUUGACGCCUUUUUCCUGCACUAUCCCUACUGUUAUGGCUACUGGAAGAAGUAUGCUGAUAUCGAGAAGAAGCACGGCUACAUACACAUGGCUGAUGAGGUUUACCGGCGAGGUCUGCAGGCCAUCCCGCUCAGCGUCGACCUGUGGCUGCACUAUAUCACUUUCCUGAGAGAGAACCAAGACACCAGCGAUGGAGAGGCUGAAAAUCGCAUCAGGGCGUCCUAUGAACACGCCGUUCUGGCCUGUGGAACGGAUUUCCGUUCGGACCGUCUGUGGGAGGCUUACAUCGCAUGGGAGACGGAGCAGGGGAAGCUGGCCAACGUCACGGCCGUCUACGACCGCAUCCUCUGCAUCCCCACCCAGCUGUACUCGCAGCAUUUCCAGAAGUUCAAAGAGCACGUCCAGAGCAACAACCCCAAGCACUUCCUGUCUGAGGAGGAGUUCGUGCAGCUGAGAGUGGAGCUGGCAAACGCCAACAAGCCCAGCGGAGACGACGCGCCGGGCGAGGAGCUUCCGCCGGGUACAGAGGACCUGCCGGAUCCUGCUAAGAGAGUGACGGAGAUCGAGAACAUGAGGCAUAAGGUGAUCGAGACGCGCCAGGAGAUGUUCAACCACAACGAGCACGAAGUCAGCAAGCGCUGGGCCUUCGAGGAGGGGAUAAAGCGGCCGUACUUCCACGUCAAAGCCUUGGAGAAGACGCAGCUGAACAACUGGAGGGAGUACCUGGACUUCGAGCUGGAGAACGGGACGCCGGAGCGCGUGGUGGUUCUGUUCGAGCGCUGCCUGAUCGCCUGCGCGCUCUACGAGGAGUUCUGGAUCAAGUACGCCAAGUAUCUGGAGAGCUACAGCGUCGAAGGCGUCCGGCACAUCUUCAAGAAGGCCUGCACCAUCCACCUGCCCAAGAAACCCACCGUUCACCUGCUCUGGGCCGCGUUUGAAGAGCAGCAAGGCAGCAUCGACGAGGCGAGGGGGAUCUUGAAGGCGAUGGAGGAGUCCGUCCCGGGUCUGGCCAUGGUGAGGCUGAGGAGGGUGAGCCUGGAGCGUCGCCACGGAAACAUGGAUGAAGCGGAGGCAUUGCUGCAGGACGCCAUCGCCAACGGGAAGAACAGCAGCGAGUCGUCGUUCUACGCCGUCAAACUGGCCCGACAACUCGUCAAAGUGCAGAAGAGCAUUGGAAAGGCCAAGAAAGUGCUGCUGGAGGCCGUCGAGAAGGAUGAGACGAACCCGAAGCUGUACCUGAACCUGCUGGAGCUGGAGUACAGCGGUGACGUGCAGCAGAACGAGGCUGAAAUCAUCGCCUGCUUCGACCGAGCGCUGAGCAGCACGAUGCCACUGGAUCAGCGCGUCACGUUCUCCCAGCGCAAAGUCGAGUUCCUGGAGGAUUUCGGCAGCGACAUCAAUGUGCUGGUAGCAGCAUAUGAACAGCAUCAGAGACUCGUAACGGAGCAGGAUUCACUGAAGAGAAAAGCAGAGAACGGCUCAGAGGAGCCGGACUCGAAGAGGCAGCGGACAGACGACCAAUCAGCAGCCUCGGGUCAGAUGAUGCAGGACAUGCAGGCCAAUCACGCCGGAUACAACUACAACAACUGGUACCAGUAUAACUCGUGGGGCGGUCAGAACUCCUGGGGUCAGUACGGCCAGUACGGUCAGUAUAACCAGUACUACCCACCGCCCCCCACAUAACGGAGCACGCCGGCCGUUUCUACUGCUGCUUCAGCGUUCAUCCCGUCUCCAAUCACACGUCGUGUGUUUCCUUUUUUGUUGGCACAUGUUGAAAAAUGAGCUUUUUCCUCUAAGUGCAAGUGAGUUUUUAAAGAGCUGAGUUGGUUUAGUGCUUCUGGAGGUUUAGUUGUGUUCGCUGACAGAUUGACAUUCGUAUGGAAGACUUUAUCCUCAUCUCUGCUCCUCAAUGUGAUCCUGUUUUCAGAGACAAACAUGACAUGAAGACGUUUUUUAUUUUGACUUGGUUUCAUAAUAAAGAGAUUGACAUCCUA